AUGUCCGUUGAGCUCCAAACCUCACACCGGACCCAAAACACCACCGAAGCCUCGUCGCGUGUGCCAGCCAAAAGAUCCUAUUCAGAAUUUCUCAAGGGCGUCAAUACUCGCUUCAAACACCUCUCCGACAAAGUGCUACCCGCGUCCCCAUACCUCCUCAAGGUCCCCACUGAAAGACCUUUCCACUUGGGUUCCCGGUUCGUCAGUAAUUGGGCUGUGGGUGAUAAUAGACCAUUUGCGCCGGAGGAGGAACACCUUCAGUACAUGACCUUUCUGCCCCACCAGGUUGAGGACACUCUACUCGUUGCUGUGGGGGGAUGGUCUGAUGAACGUGGAAACAUCAUGGAAGAAGAUACGUCGAAAGUCCCAAGCAUCGCCACAAGCCCGUCCGUCGAUACACCAAAACAAAAGCUUCAGAGAAAAAAAAUUAGUCUGAGUGACUACAAAAAGAAAGCAUAUGAAACUCCAAAAUCACCUCCUAGAAGCGCUACCCCAGUGAAUCGCAGGAAUGGCACGGAUCGUUUGACUCCAGCCGUAAAACCCAAGUCACCUCGAGAACCCGUGCCAACGCCCAAGGUGCCGGUGAUAUUACCUUCUAAAAGAAAAGCCACCACGUCUGUAACAACCGACAAUUGCUCCGAUAAUGCUAACGGAAUUUCGCAAUCUAAAAGUUCCCGCGAUGGAAAUUCCCGAUCCACACCUAGUUCCCACAAACCUCCACCAUCAGCUCGAGAAUCCCCGCCCCCCACUAAAAAGCCGCGACUUUCAACUACAAAGGAACCUCCCGAUAAUAAACCCACGAGACAAAGAAAUGCGCCGCCUGUUGUUCCCGCGCUACUCUCUCCAACACUUCCCCCUACUAGCGUUACACCUAGGCUCCCUAGAUUACUCUCACCCACUCUCCCACCAGAUAUAGAGGAAGAGCUAGCUAAGAUAAAAGGCGGCGAGCUAUCUAUAGACAGAAUUUCCAGCCCCAGGAAAGCUCCGUCACCCUCUACCAUUACAGGAUCGAAGCCUGAGCGGCCACUACCCAAGUCGAAUAAACCUAGGCCCCAUUCUAGUUCUACCUCCAGUUCAAGCGAUAAAACUACCAAGGCUAGAGUAUCGUCUUCAUCCUCCAAGCCCCAGGACAAUAGCGUCGCAAGGCCUGUCCCUUCCAAUAACCAACGUUCUAGAGCUGUCGAUCAUACACAAUCGCAAAUUUCCUCGAAGCCCAAGGGAACAACCCAACUUGCCAAACCCAAACUUAUUGUGAAACUAAGAUACGGGAGGUCCAAUCGGAAACGGAUAGAAGCGUUACUCAGGUUUUCUGGUAAAUAUAAAAGCACACCUCAUCACCAGUCAUCGAAACAGAAAAGAGAACCUGAAAGUCAGCGAAAGAGUAAAACUGCCCCUUCUUCGAAAUCAACAGAAGUACAGCGCGCUGAAAAGCGACCAAGGCAGACGGACGAAGACGACAGCCAGGGAUCGGUUCCCAAACGCCAAAAGUCCGCCACUCUUCCGGCUUCAGAGCGACCAAGGACUCCAGCCACAACGGCCUUCAAGUCUCCUUCCGUUCCGCAACAGCCGACAUCAGUAUCAAAGGGCCAAUUUCUAACUCCAAGUAAGGAUUUGAGGGCUACAACCAUGCGCCGUCUAGGCUCUGGAGACGGUGAUUCGAAGCUACCAGCAGGGUUGGACCGCGGAAUGAACACGAGCACACCUGGAAGCGCGGAGAAAGCAACCACCAAACACUCACCUGUAACGCCGAGUGAUAACCCACAAAACAAACCUCGGGAUACAGCAGAAUCUCGUUCAUGGCAAGAAGAAUCCCAGAAAUAUUUCAAUAUAGGUCGCGAAUUAAAACGUUCAUCCCAGAGGUACCCGGGACCGCAUGCGACAGACGCCGAUCAUAAGCUUAGCGCGGCGAUUGCAGUUGAAGCGGUCCUCUGCUUUAUCCUCGCCUUCAUCCUUGACGAUAGGCACAGAACCUUAAACCGUCGACUGGGAGACUCAUCAACCUGGUUGUCCAUCGUCCCAUACUGGAAAAUGGUGAAAGGUAACAUGGACAAGUACCCGCAUCUCCACGCCCUUUGCUCCCUCCUCGGCGCUGUCUUCCACGAAAUCAUCCACGGCCUCGACCUCGAGCGCCUUGCGAUGACCGCACUUCCAAGCGACCAUAGUCCCGCUCCCACUCCAGGAAGCGAUGGCAAUACGGUAACUUCAGAAGAAAGCAAAAAACAGCAGCAGCAUAGGGAUUUUAUGGAUCUUAGGAAACGACUCGUCGAUUCACAUAGAGAGGCUAGAGCCCUUUGGCUCGAGGGGUCGCGCAAACUGUCGGAGGAAGUACUGACCCACCAAUACCCAGAGACGUGGUCGAAGCGGUCCAUGAAUUUCUCAGAAAGGGGUCGAGAGAAGGCUCUUGUGCUGGGUGAAUAUUCAGGAGAAUAUUUUUUACCUCUCGAUCGUACGGCUACCCCUCUUGAGGCGAUUAGGUUUGGGUGGGUGUUUCUGACCGAGUGGACCAAGAAAGAACGGGUAGAGUGGAAAGGUCAGCUUGGGUUAUGA